AUGCUCGUCUGGAAAUCUCUCUCCGUACGCACCGCCGCAACAAUUUCAACUCCCCUCUUCCGCGCCCACGCCCCCACGGCCGUUCUACACAUCAAGGGUCUCACGGCAGCAAACGUUGUGUUCCCGCCCCCAGAGGCUAUCAAAGAGUUCGAGAUGUCAUUCGCAGGAACUAUGGUCCGCUCGCCUACAGUUGCUAGAGGUUUGACUGCGACUGCUGCGAAGGCUGUCACUGCGAAGGCUGCCGCUGUGUAG